UUAACAUUGAAAAUGGUAGCUAAAAGUGUAGUGUUGGAAAAAAUAGUAUGCUUAUUAUUGCUAAUAGGAAAUGUUUACGGUGAAACUUACGAAAAUUCCAAAACGGUUUGUCAAAAAUGUGUAUGUACACAGAAUGACCCAACAUUUAGUAUAAAUUGUAAUGAAAAAGGGUUGAACCAUGUUUUGGCGAAUUGGCCCAAAAUGGCUGAUAGUACCAAGGCCAUUACUGCAUCUUUUAGCAAAAAUUCCAUAGAUACCCUGGAAAAGUUACCAGGAACAGAUAAGGUUGUAGAGGUAGUUUUUACUUAUUGUAAUAUACAAAAAGUUAACCCUGAAGUGUUUACAAACGUUCCAAAAAUCAAGUAUGUCGAUUUAAGCCACAACAAAAUAACCAGUGAAGAAUUAAGUCCAGAAGACUUCCGCGGGACUUACGUCAACGAUACCUGGCAACCUCUGGACUUACUAACCCUUAAUUUGGCUUACAACGAAAUCCACAUGCUGCAAAAUAAUAUUUUCGAGUUUCUUCCAAAACUUGAGGAACUCAAUCUCAAAGGAAACAACUUUCGAGUUCUGGAUGAAGCUACGCAGCUAGCUAUAGACUCUCUCAAAAACUUACUGAGAUUGAAUUUGGCCGAUAAUAAAUUGACGGAGAUAACAAGUACCACCAUAAUGAAUUUAACCAAUUUAGUGGAGUUGGACCUGUCUUACAAUAAGUUAGAUUUUGUCCCGGCUAUACUUUCUGAAAUAAGCCAAUCUCUGGAAAACUUGAUACUGGAUGGGAACCCAAUUUUUGAGCUCACAGAUUCUUCAUUCAUAAACACCAAAAACUUGAUACAACUAUCAAUGAACAACAUGAAUCGUCUGGACAAUAUUCUACCAAACGCUUUUGCACCUUUAAAAAAACUCAGAACGUUAAAAUUAUCAAAUAAUCCACUUCUGGAAGAACUUGAUGCCCAAACUUUUCCAGAACAUCCAGACCUAGCCGAGGUCUAUCUUAACAACAACUCAUUUGACGACAUCAGUUUUGAACUUCUUGAAUGGUCAAAACUUAAAAUAUUCGAAUUUAAAGGAAACCCGCUAAAAUGUUCGUGUAAUUUAUUCAAAAUCCACGAGAAGCUUAGCAAAAAAAUAACCCGGCAACAAGACGGUCCCAUAUGUAUGGAUCUGCGCGUUGUAAAAAGUAGGCCGGUAUUUUAUUUGACAGAUGACAUUUGUAGAGUAACGCCGAGUCACAUGAAGAAGGAACACGUAUCGCACAGCUUUAACGUGCUGAGAAUCACCAUUAUAGCGAUUUGCACCUUAUUAUUGCUGGCCACUUUGGGGGUAGCAGCAACUUUCCUAUUUAGGUGGCGUAGAAUUCAGCGCAACCUUAACUACCCCUUUGUUAGUGAGGUUAGGUAUAAUCCAGUCAAUAUACAUGGUGGAUUUAAUUAGAAAGAAUGUUUUACAUUUAAAAAAGGUUAAAAAUAAGUUUUAAAUGACGUUUAAUAGUUCAUUUCUGACUGAAGGUCAUUUGACAUGUGUGUGUCAAUACUACGUAAAAAACAUUGUUUUAUUUUUGUUAUUAUUUCAAAUAGGUAACUAAAAAAAUAAUUAAAUGGUUUAAAUUUUUUUAUACAUUUUAAAUAAAGUUUAUUUAUUAAAUAAAUCAGUUUUCUGACGUUUCUAAUUAGUUAAAUGUCAAGUGUUAAAAACUGACAAUUGAUGUGAAAACUUUGGUUAAAACCAUCUAAUAAAUACCUAAGACCGAGGUUAAAACAUAGAUGGCGUAUUUGUUCUCUAAAUGUUGUUUUAUCAUUAUUAAAUCAAAU